GUCGCCAGUUAGUGCGCCACACGACGCGGGCUGCGACGCACGUACCACGCAGCCCGCUACGCCGGUAUUUCGAGUGUAGUGCAAAUGCUUGUGUUUAUAUGGCGCUCAUGUUACUACAAGUGCUCGUGUUGGGUGUGUUCGCGGCAGCGGCCGAUGAUGUUCCGCUAACAUGGUAUUGGUCGUCGCGCACGCUCGUGCCGUGCACCCUGCCUGCGCCGGCGCCGCAGUUACGCAAGCCGCCCCCCCUGCGCGGGGAGGACCCCCCCACCCCUUACUCCUGGCGGCGUGAUGGGGUAAACGACACUCACAAAAUCCUGGCCAACGGCACAUUAGACAUACGCAAGCGUGAAGGCGCAGAUGGCGUAUACCAGUGCACCGCCGCGUUGCGCCGCGGCGCGUUGCUGGGCUACCCUGUGCGACUGAAGACUGCCCACCUGGACAAGUUCUCCAAAUACCCUGAAAACACGACGGCCCGGCGCGGACAGCCGGUCGCCAUACCCUGCGUUGUCAGCUCAGCGCCGCCCGCCACCAUCUCCUGGCUGAAGGAUGACCAGGACCUUCCUGCUGACGACAGAACCAAGUUCUCCAAAUACCCUGAAAACACGACGGCCCGGCGCGGACAGCCGGUGGCCCUGCCCUGCGUCGUCAGCUCAGCGCCGCCCGCCACCAUCUCCUGGCUGAAGGAUGACCAGGACCUUCCUGCUGACGACAGAUACUAUAUGCUGAAAGAUCAGCUGCUUAUUACUGAAGUGCGAGACAGUGAUGCUGGUCUAUACAGAUGUAUAGCAACAAACUCAUACGUGAACAAAACUCGGACCAGCCACGGUGGACGGCUGCACGUGGCACCAUCAGAACCUCAAGCCCUGGAGUUCAUGCCCACCUUCGAAGACCACCAGCUACUGGUUCCAGAAGGAGGGGAUGCGGUCCUACCGUGUCCUGUCUCUGGAUGGCCAAGGCCAUCUGAAGUAAUCUGGGACCUGGCGGGAAAACGGGUGUACAGCGGCCCUGUGCUCGUCUUGACUAAUGUAGACGUGUCACAAGACGGCGUUUAUACCUGCCAUGUACCAGGGCAUCAGGAUUUAAAGAAGACAUACAACGUGACAGUGACCAAACCUGUCAACAUCACUCUGCCGCCGGUGUCAAAAGAAGCUAUUCGAGCCAGCACCAUCCGGUUCAACUGCACCGCUACAGGCCGACCGGAGCCUAAUAUCACUUGGUACAAGGACGGAGUACCAUUGGCUCUUACUGAGAAGAUUGGGUUGUGGAAAGCUGCGUUCCUGAAUCCGGGCGACGAGGAACGUAUCGAGCUGGUCAUCAACAGCAUCACGUCUAAAGACGCUGGUGUAUACCAAUGUUUCGCAAGUAACAACGUGUCAAUGGCGUCAGCGUGGGCGACGCUGACGGUCACGGGGCCGCCGGCCAUCGCCGCCCCUCAAGACAUCACCUGCGCCCCGCUGGGAGCUCAGGAGGUGCUCGUGCGGUGGGCCCCGGUUCCUACGGACGUGCUGGCCUAUACUGUACAUACUACGGCUCAAGAACCUGGUGGGACAGGGAUGCCGCUAGGACCUCCCGUGCAAGACCCUCGCGCCGUGGUGAGCGUGCCUAAAGCGCUCACGCCAUACCGCUUUCAAGUUCGGGCAUAUAUUCAAUCUGCCAAGGGUGCUGCCACUGAUUUCUCGGAUUUCGUGGUCUGCCAAGGACAAGGAGUUCCAAUAAACCUGACGAAGGAUGACAAGUCGGUGUUGGUGUCAUGGCAGAAGUUCGCUAAGCAGGCUCCUGGGGUGGUGGAGUGGGUCCUGCAGAGUCGGAUGGCGGACAAGCAUGACGUCAUCACCAAUGUCACUUUGGAUGGGACGGUCACCAACUAUACUUUAGAUAUUCCCGAAUACGGUGACCUUCAAAUCCGCGUGCUGGGGACCCGCACUCGACCCUGGCUGCAGCAGAACCUGAGCAGCGUGCCGUGGCGGUCCUUGGACCUUAGCACUGGUGACGUACGGGCGACGCCGCGAAACAUUCAAGUGACGAAGAUCACGACCCGCGGCUUCACCGUACAGUGGGAGACCGAUGACCUCGCGCCCAGGAAAUACAAGUUCCUGGUCUGCGUGCUCAAGAUCGACGAUCCGUCGAGCGACGAUGGCAACUGUCAGUACAGCGACAAGCACUCAGUGACGAUAGACAACCUCCAGCCGGCCAGCGAUUAUGAAGUGCGCGUGGAAACCCAGCUGCAAGACCUCGAGGCUGUUGAAGCGCAGCUGCCGUAUCGCGUGGCUACGCUGGCUGAGGAAGACGCAAAGUUGAUCUACAAGUACAUCAACACCACGACAGUACGAGUGUCGUGGAAUGGAGUCGGUCGGUACACCGUGCGACACAGGCAGAAGCUGGGACCGCUGGGCGACUGGUCUACUGUCAACACUGAUGGGAACACCGUACUCUUGACCGGCCUGGAUCCGAACUCGGAGACCUACGUGGAGGUGAUCAGCAACGAAGGCAAAGCUGGGAGUGACACUCUUACCAUCCCACCACAGAUCAAGGAUCUUGAUGCCAAGGACCUGUCCUACGUGUACACAAGCAGCGGCAUCACAGUGUCGUGGGUCGGCAGCGGCCCCAGAGUUGUCAAGUUCGCGCAGAACAUCACACAGCCACUCGAGAAGUGGCGCGUUGUCAACGUCACUGAAAACCAUGUUCAGCUUGUGGGUCUAGACCUAUCACUGCCGACAUACGUGACAGUGACAGCGCAGGGCACGGGACAGGUGCUUACUAUCCCUCCGGCCCCGGAGCAGCCCUCCAUCGCCGUAGGCGUGGGCAUCGGGUGCGCGGCGUGCGUGCUGCUGGUGCUGGCGGCGGCCGCGCUGCUGGUGUGGCGGCGGAGGAAAAUGGCCGCCUCACCUGUCAGAUCGCGACGAAGGACCAUGUCCCCUAUGGAGGGACACGAAGGAGAGAGCUCGGAAAUGAAGAAUAUUGGAGGUCGCCUGGCAAACGGCGGCGCCGCUGGAGAGCCGCUCCUCAACGGCCACGUGCACAUCACCGAGAACCCCACGUCGAAAACCCCAAACGGAAAGAUGAAGAAAGGCCGCUACGAGCCGUUCGACGUGUCGCGACACGACGCCGACACGACGCUCGAGACCGUCCUCGAGGCCGACACGUCCGCGUCCUACCUCCUCGACACCUCCCGACGCCCCGACUUCGACACCUCCAGGUCCUCCCGCGAUCUGAGCACCAACAACUCCUUCAACAAACUACCUGACGAUAAUAUGAACUCCGAAAUCACCCGGAGUUCGGAGUUUACGCUAGACAACAGCAAAAUUCAACCCACGCUUCAACCCAACGGUUGAGACCCCCCCUCUCGCCCCCACUCCCGAAUUACACAGGGAUAGGCGAUCCCUCGCAGGCCUCCGGGCCGCUAGUUACUGGAGACUGUUUAGGACGGCGCGAGGAUAGCUUGGCGUGUUUUGUUCCUAAUAGACUUUAUUUUUAACGACGUAAGGCUGAUUUUUGAUAACAAGUACGAGUACAAAGUAUAAUUUAUCGGUUCUUUCAAGCGCGGAGCCAUCCUCGCGCACUUUGUUACGCUGUAUAUAUAACUAUAGCCCGUUUUGGCGUGUAUAUAGAGUUAUUAAAUCGGCCUGAGAUUAUUUGGAAACAGCGUGGAGACAAUAAUAUGGCCGUGGCGCCCGCUAUGCGUAUGUCUAGAAAUACAGUGCCUCUGACACCGGACUUCCUGUCUAAUAGCCUAGUUUCACCGUUAGUGCAACGUAAUCGUACAAAAUAUAGACCAAAAUGAAAUCCAAACACCCAUUAUAGUACCUAAAUUCACGUGUACAUAACAUUUAAAGUAUUUAUCGAUGUUAAAUGACGGUUAUAUUGUGUUUUCUGACUUUCAUAGACAGUUCUUAGACAAAGCCUGAGAAGCUAUAAGUUACCUUCACAAUUUGCAUUCCAAUUCCAUUGAUUAUAUUAUAUACCUACCUACUGUACGCCUCAGAUUGUACACAUACAUACUACGUACCUUAUAGAUAUGCUGCUUCAACUGACAGAGAUUAAAGACAACAAAAUGACGUACGGCUAAAUACAAUGGGGUUAGAAAUUGUCAAAGGGUUUUAUAGAUGCCGCUAGCAUACGUUUAAUCUGUCUCUAGUUUUGUUUUAUGAGCUUAAACAGCUAGCAUCCGAGCCAUAAAAUAAAAAAAAGAAGGAACUAGUGACACAAUUCGUAGGAUUGACAGGUAUAUACCUAUAUACCUAUCCUGGCGCUAUUUGUAAAAUACUUUGAAUGCCAACCCCAAUGAACAUCUGUCCGUGGGACAUUGGCCUCCGAAUAUCUGUCUGUAGCGCAGCAAUUUUCCAACGCACAUAUAAAUAUAAAUAUAAUCAUGUUACACACUUAUUUUGUUUCUUCGUUACAUGCGCUUAGAUUUCAGGAUUUUGAUAUAGAACUAGAAGAUAGCCCCGUAUUUCGUAGAAGGGAAACUAUACAGAAUAUGUAGGUAAUAAGAAUUGUACACAGAAAUGACAGGGACUAACAUCCUCCGUAUUUAUUUCCGCAGUUGUUAAUAUAAUAAUAAUAACUUCGACACUGAGAUAUUUAGAAAUAUGACAGAGCCCAAAGGCGAAGGUCAUACUUUCAGUUCGCUAACGUUAAUUAUUCCCGUUAAUUAUUAUUAUAUAAGUUUAUUUAUUCUAUUUUAAUUUGUUUAGAUUUUAUUAUGCCUACUGUGUAGGUACCUACUAGCGCAUGUAACGAAGAGACCUGUUACUUUACACUAUUACAAUAAAAAGUUAUUCAAACUAGGAUACUUAAAAACCUAAGAGAAAACAAGUAGAUAGUAUAAAAAUAUAUAAAUAAUAAAUAAUUUAUUGCAACGAACUAACUGAUAUGAAAUGGUAUUAAAUUCUAGUAUACACGUUAUUGAAUUCAAAGUUAUUCCGAGUUAGACGCACGUACGCUGUUUUUCAAAGUUAUUCCGAGUUAGACGCACGUACGCUGUUUUUCAAAGUUAUUCCGAGUUAGACGCACGUACGCUGUUUUUCAAAGUUAUUCCGAGUUAGACGCACGUACGCUGUUUUUCAAAGUUAUUCCGAGUUAGACGCACGUACGCUGUUUUUCAAAGUUAUUCCGAGUUAGACGCACGUACGCUGUUUUUCAAAGUUAUUCCGAGUUAGACGCACGUACGCUGUUUUUCCCAUGUUUGCGGUAAUUUUUGUUAACUCUGUUGAAACUAAAAUGUUUUCGGUGUUCAGAAAUAUUCUUUUGACAAAUUUGCGAUUUUUUUUUUAAAAACAACGGUCACCCAAUACAUCAUGAACAUUAUCUACGUACCAUGACGCUCCGCGAUUUGCUGCGCCAUUUAGCGUUCUAGCUAAAUUGGUUGUUUAAUAAUUACGCUAUAGAAUUUCCAAUUUAGCAAGAACCCUAAAUGGCAUAAGUAACAAUCCUAGAGUCUGUGCGAAAAGAAAAGAGUCUUGGAAUAUAAUGAAAGCAAUACAUUCUACUACUCUACCCGCACAGACUACUACUAAUGAAUCGGCGCUCGCUUUAUUUUCGAAAAGAGCGUCCUCCCGUCUUAAAGGCCGGUAAUGUACUUGCAGCCUUGGUGUUGCAGUUGUCCAUGGCUGACGGUAAUUGCUUACCAUCAAGUAAUUCGUCUGUGCGUGUGCUUCUUACAUGUCAUUGCAGAUGCAGUUCAUAAUUGUAUUCCAUCGUAUUUUCUCGGAAACGUUCGUAUUUCUCAUGCUAUUUCAGUCAAUCUCAUUACUUUUUGUACCGAGACUGACUGAAAUGGCAAGACACGUUCGUACGUUUCCGUGAAAAUACGAUGGAAAAUAAUUAUGCCCUACAUCUGUAUAAUGCUCAGUCAAAACUGUGUUUAAUUGUUUAGUCAACCAUGUAUUAGAAUAUUUCUGAACACCUGGCUGCUCGACGACGAAGUUCAUUGUUUAUUCCAUAUCACAAUUAUAUCUACCUCAUUUUCUUCGUUAUAAGAUUAUUUUAAAAUUUAUACGUAAUAUUAAAUUAAGUUUACUGUAAUUACCCAUCGACCCCGUAGAUAUGCCGAAAGGUAUUUACUGGUUAGCUAGUUUAUUUAUUUAUUAAUAAUAGUAAGUUUUGCUAAUGAUUUUUCUAACAAGCUAUUUUUUUUACCAUAAUUACAAUAUAAUGCCUUUAAAGUUUAUUUGAAACACAAAAAAUAGUUACUACCAAUUUGGCUUAUGAGAUUUUUUGGCAAUUAAUUAUUAAAACUAGUUUGGCGGUCUAUUAAAAUUACAUAGGUAUAUGUAUGUAUUUCUUGUAUUAAGUGGUUUUGGUACGAAAUUUAUUAUUAAACGCCUAUUGAGUUUGCUUUUCUAAUUAUAUGUAUUCAAGUUUAUUAUAAGAAAAAAUAAUUAAACAGGUCUAUAGUUAUUGAUUUAUGUUGCAUAGACAACGUAUCAAUAGUAUGACUACAUGGUUUAGUAAAAGCACCUAGGUACAAUUUAUAUUAAUUGUAAAAAAUAAGCUGUUUGUGUUUUCUAAAGUAUAAUUUAUUUAGUAAUAAAUGACAAACAGCUUUUUGGAGACAAAGUGGUACAAAGCAGAUGAGGAUAUUAAAAUAAAUAGUAUUAACCGCCUCCGUGUUAUUUUGUCAUUUUACGUAUGUGGAAGAACUUUCAGCAAUAAUAAAAUUUAACAUACAAAUAAGACACUGACUUUUUAAAGCACAAACAGCUAUGUAAAUAUAUUUAAAAUGAAGUAUAAAACUCAGUUUAAAUUAAAAAAAAAACGCCGACUAUGUACCUGAAAUUUCAAUUACUCUAAGUUAACUAGGCUUAGGCGUAGUGUUAGGUCUUUUAAAAAUCUAGGAUUUUAUCUUCGACGCUAGGUUUUUUAACAGGGUCUAAAUUUAAAUUCUGGAAAAGGCUCGACGGGUAAGCUGGGAUUUUGGAUAUAGUAUUGAUUUUGCGUGCAAGAAUUCUGCUGUUGUCUUUAUGUUUAACAUUUUACUUGUGUGUUAACUCCAUCUUGUACAAUUUGUCUGUAAUAUGACACAACAUAUUGACGUUGAUAAUAGAAAACUUUACCUACACUUCGCAGGAACCCUGAUGGACUCUGCAUAAACUUGAUCUACCAACCAACAUUACGGAAAAAAACAUCCCAUAAUGUUGUCCCAUUCCGUAAUGUUGGUUAUUUAUUAACCAACAUUACGGAAAAAAAUAUCUGUAUUGAUAUUUUAUGCUUAAUAUUUAGCAUAAUAAUAUGUUUUUUUUUUCUAGUGCUAUCAGGAAAUUUGCGAAGUAUGACUUUAGUAUGAGUUAUGUUCGGCCAAAUUUAGCAACAAGUCAGCUACAUUGUAUGACGAUCUGUUAAACAUAUCUUUUUAGUCUCAGAUGCUACCGAACUAGUACUAAAUAAGUGGAGCUAAAAACAUGAAUGCUUUCAAACAGAUUGAGCGCUAUACCUUACUUUUACGAAAUAAUUUGUAAAAUAGAGUUUUAGUGAUACGUUUUAAGCUAAUAUACAUUUUGUAGCUAUUACGCAAGUUCACUCGAGGUUGUGUUACAUAUUUAUUUCUGACCAUUUUAUUUGUUUUUAAUAUUUAUGAACUUAUCACUGUUAAGUUUUUAUUUGUAUUAUUAUCAACCAGGAACCAAAAUGAAUUUCUUAUCGUAUUACGGCUACCUGAGUACUGUACAACGUUUUUAGUAUUCCCAUAGUUUAAGAUAUACCUACUUUUACAUUUUCAUUUAAUGAAUAGGACAGCUAAUACUAGUAGUUGAAAUAGAUCUAUAGUCAGAGCAAAAUAUUAAUACAAGGCAGUAGUGGGCCAUCAUUUCAAGUUGUACACUACACUUUUUUAUUUAGACUUUUUUAUGUUUUUUCUACUCACAUUCACGAGCUCAUUCGAUUCUAAUAGGAGAAAAAAGUGUUCCAAGACUUUUAUUUCCACUCCGUUACUAAUUUUCAUAAUCUUUGUAUGGCGGUAACGGAAUGAAAGAAACGAAACACGGUUUCCAAAAAAAUUUUUGGGUCUUUUUUUUCUCCUAUUAGGAUCUAAAGAACUCAUGAUUCUGAGCGUAAAUAACAUUAAAAAAAUCCUAUAUUUGAAAAAAGAGAUAGUGUACAACCUUGAAAAAUCUUACCCUAGUAUUCUCUCUCACAACUUUAUAUUUUAUAUAUUUAUUUCAAGUGAAGAAUGCCUUAAAAAUCGAAUAAAAUUGUAUUAACUUACUUUUACUACUCUGUCUUGUUUUAUAAAUUUCUUGUUUACUUUUACUACCAGUAGUUUAGUCGUUUAAGGUAUUUAAGUAAUAUCUGUAAUAUUUACGAUACAAAUAGCAAUUAGUAGGUAUUCAUCAGGUUAAUAUCUUGACUAGUAUACUUUCAUGGGUAUAACAAUCAUAUAGAUAACACAAGUUGUAUCUUAGAAACUAGGCCGUCAUAAGUUUUAUGUUUUUAUUUUUUAUGUCAAUUUGUGCGCAUAAUUGCACUUGCCUUAAAUGCACUAAGUAUUCAUUUGUAAACCUACCACUGAUACCUAAAAAUUAAUUUUGCGCCGUUGGGUGAAGGAUAUAGGUAUUUUAUAUGCUUAAUUUGGCGAUUUGACUAAACCAUGAAAGUAUACUAAAAAUAAAUAUUUCACAUAUAAAAAUGUUAUAUUUCAUUCUCUUUUAAGAAAUUCAAAACACACUUUUUUAAUUUCUGAAACUGAUUAUUUUGACCAUCGGCUUGUCCGUCCUUUCGAAAGUAAUAUAAAAUUAAGCCUGAAUUUGUGCCUCUGAUUAUUCUGCAUAUUUUUUAACGUAAAUAGUAAAGUAUUUUACACUUUUAUACAAUUUUUAACCAUCAUAACUAAAACGGGUAUUUAUUUUACAAACCAUUCCAUGUAAUCUACCAUUUGAUUUGUUCAAAGUAGGUCGAUAUCGGUAGAUGGCGUUGUUAACAAUUAUUGUGACUAUUUAAGGUGAUUAUUCUACAAUUUGAUUUUGUAUGUUUUUGGAUACAUGCACAAAAGGUUACAAGUUACAAACCAUAAAAACUGUUAAUACGAUUUGAACUCUGUCAAAAAAACAAAAGUCAUUAAUUUAAAUGACAAACUUAAGAGGAUGGAUCCUUUUCCACAAAUUUAGUUCUAAUAUAGUCUAAAAACAUGUUAAACAGUCGUAGUUAUUCUACCAAUUAAGGCCUACGAUAAGUACACUAUUUUAUCCUACAUUCCAUUAUCUGCAAUAGUUUCACCAUGCAUAUUAAUUUAUUGUAAAUACAAUAAUUUAUUAUUUUGUUAACAGUUUAUGUUUGCCUUCAUAUAUUUUAAAUAACCGCAGAGCAAUAUUGUAGAGAUACUAAAGUAUCUUGCGCGUACAAUUAGGUUAGUAUGAAUUUUGAUGUUAACUGUUCUGGAGUUAAACUGGCACUUUAAAUAUUUUGGUUACGGCUUGGCUUUGUAAUCGUAACAGGCACAGGGAUAUUGUUUUUUCUUAACCAGUGCAUAAAACUGAACCACCAAUUACGCUAUGUCUGCAGCGACUUAGCAGUGGCAAAGUUUGGCCGUACCAUAUUUGACGUGACGCACGAGUUAGCGUAGACGUACCUAAUUUACUAUAAGAUUAAUUUUAUUUAAAGUACCUACACUUUAUAUUUUUUUAAGAUUUAGAUUUUUUUGUGUUAUUUUUACUUGGAAUCACGAGCUUCUUUGUUCCUAACAGAUGAAUGAAUUCCAAAAAUGUCAUACGUUCGCGUUCCUUCCAUUACGAAACCGUCAUAAUAAAGUGUAUAAAAAUUGGUCACGAAAUGGAAAUAAAAAUCUUGGGACACUCUUUUUUCCUAUCAGGAUUAGUAGAAAUAAAAUAUAAAAAUCCAAAUAAAAAAGUGAAGUGUACAACUUUAAAUAAACUGACUUAUUUUGGGUGCAGACUUAGCGUAGACAGCAUCUAGUAUUAGUAAAACCUUUAUUAGUACAUAUUUGACAGAUUGAUGCUUUUCCCGAGUCGUUACCACGUAAAACGUUAGCGUAAAGCCUUCGAGCGAUAUUUUUGCACGACGCAUCGAACACGACUCGUGUUUCGGUGAACAUGUACUUAGACUACAGCGUCCAUUAUAUUAUAACGUUAGGCGCGGAAACUGUAUGGCGUUUUCAAUUUGAUAUUUGAGCUGUAAAGGUCGACUUAUAUUUACAGACAUUUAGCGUGCCAGAUACUAGUCGUGGCAGGCGAAAUAAAAUUCUUGUAUACACUGUCUAUUAACUUAUUCAGAAUCAUAUCUAUCGUUACACGGCCGUGCAGACGCCGACAGAUAAAUGUAUAGCACAACAUUCAAUGUUUGUAAAUAUAAAUGGACCCUAAAUCCUAUUUUACUUUGUUUUAUUAGGCUUGGAAACGGAGUUGUUGAUGGUUUUGCAAUGGUUUAUUUUUGAUUAGUAAAUAUUAUUUUCCAUUUAUUUUAAGCUUUGUUUAAGUAAAAUUGAAAUUCAGUCUUCAAGUUACCGUCUUUAUAUUAUUUUCAGUUGUAUCAUGCCUUUGCAAAUAAUUAUUAAGAUUUGUAAUUUUGGUCAACAAUAAAUUAUUGCAUUACCCUUAACCAGGAGUGGGUAAUAUAAAUUGUUGUGUAAAUUAAGAAAUAAUUAUACAGUAUAACGAAGUGGUGGCUCAACUGUAAGUUUAGGUAACUCGCCUGUAAAGUUUAUUUUGAUUUGAAAUUUUAUACAGAAGUUACCCCUUGAUAUUACUAAAAUAGUCGCCAACGAUGUUAAAACUGACUAUUACAGUACCACUUUAUUUAACCACUUUGAAAUCGUUUAUAAAGUAAAAUAAAAUUAUAUAAUGAUAAACAGUACCUACUAAUUAAAUAAUUUUGUUAAAUAACGUAAUGUUAAGCUUGUUUCCAGAACCAGGACUGUUGAACUACUAAACGUCUAAAGUAACGAAAAUGUUAUAUGGCAUUGAUGUUAUAAAUAAUGUAUGUUGCAAUAUUCAUCUCGAACUAAUGUAAGGGAACUGUGUUGGGGGCUCCGGGAAUCUAAAAUAAAACAACUAAAAAUCAUGCUAACAUUAAUAAAAGAAUGUCCACUUGACCGUCCGACGAUAGCAUAGUAUCCGAAACCAAUAUGCUCUUAACCGUCCGCGGGAACCUUACUAUCCAAAGGGGUGGAAGAAAGAUUUGAUUUCAGAGCUAUCUAACGGAAUAUUUCGGCAUUAUUUACUGAUUCUCUUGAUGCCAGAUGACAGAAAGUUGUGAAUGCGCAGCGCGGGGCGUGCGUCGCUAAAAAAACCCGGACGGUUGACAGGAAAACAGUCUCGCGGGCCGGACGGUCUAGUGGCUAAAAAGAUAUGCGAUAUAUGAUAAUCGAUUCUCAAAAAACUUGGCCGUGUUAGAGCCAUCGUGCCCUACACCUAAUACGUUUGAUAUAAAUUACCUAUAUUGAUAUACAGGGUCUCCCACGGCUAUGCCUUUCUUUUCUCGUGCGGCGGGUUCGAUUCCCGGUUCAACCAUGUAAUUAUUUAAAAAUCUAUGAAUGCAGUUUAAAUUGUUUUUUAAAUUAAAAUAAUGUCUUCUUUCAGUAAAAUGUUCCAUCCACAAUAUUUAGGGUACUUUCCCUCCAUGUGGCAUAGCCGUGGGACGCCCUGUAUAAGAUUUUUUUGUCUCGUUAUUUCUUGCAUUUAUUUUUUUGUAAGUAUAUUUGACAAAUGCAAAUGGUAAUAAAGGUUCAAUUUUCGCGUUUUAAACCUGUUGUUUUGAAAGCUAGUGGCCGUUAUAGACUUCAAUAAGUACCUAAAUUUCAAUAUUAUCCAACAUAGGCAAUACAUAUAGAUCCCUGCGUCCCACAAUACAAAAGUUAGUAUUGUAAAUUAAAAUUAUAAUUAAAUCUACCUCAACCAAAUUACCCUUUAAUGUUGUUUGUAAGUGUUCUUUUGAGUCUUAUUACUAAUGAAUUGUAGUGUUUUUCACAUGGCUCGUUUCAUUAUAAUGAUAUUAUUUCCUACCUUUUGAUACGGUAACUAUUGUUACCGAAGUAUUGAAUGGUUGACGGAGUGUUACAGCGUAUUGUCAUGAUUGAAGCGAUAUUAAAUUUUAAAUAAAUAAA